CCCUUCUCACCUGCAAUCCACGGUAAAGAAUUAUUGUGUAAAUAAUGUCAUUUGCGCGCGACCAUUUUGCAACAAAACUCUUUUCCAAAAUCGAAAAACAGGCGGCACUUGCAGUCUUAGGGUUUUCUAUUUUCUACCGGAAAUGGAGGAAGAGAGUUGCAGAGGGUUGUAGAGACAGUUGAAGUUCGAGGCAUCGAGCUUCGAAUUUUCCCUCUUCUGCAGGCAGACUUGCGUCGGAACUACUUCAGUCAGAAUCUUAUACGUCUAUCUCUCUCCUCCUUCGGCCAUGGCGUCUACUUCUGCUUAUUCGACUGGGAUCCUGGAUGAGCUUCAUGCUAGUAGAAGCAAAAUUCCUUUUGUUACUCCCUGUAGUGGUGAAUCUGUUGUGGAAGUAUCUGGUUCACACAUUUCAUCUAUGUUCAAGAAAAGAAGGAUUUCCAUGAGCACGGGUUUUACUUCAUGCAAUGAUUUUAGUGAAACUGAAGCCUUUCUGCCUGUUUUGCAUUCACCUGGUUAUUUUAUGGAGCCUUCCUUGAAGGAGUUGGCUGCACGGGAACUCAAUGAUCCUGGCUAUUGCUGCCGUGUUCGAGAUUUCACUAUUGGAAGGGUUGGAUAUGGACGUGUUAAGUUUUUUGGAGAAACUGACAUAAGAUGGUUAGAUCUAGACAGAAUUGUGAGGUUUGAUAGGCAUGAAGUUGUGGUAUAUGAAGAUGAAACCAAUAAACCUGCAGUUGGCGAGGGCCUUAACAAAUCUGCAGAAGUAACUUUGGUUCUUGAGUCAUUAUUCUUUCAAGGAGAACAACUGCAUAACGUUGUGAACAAAUUAAGAAAAAGCAUGGAAAGGCAGGGGGCAUACUUCAUUUUGUUUGAUCCAUCGAAUGGUGAGUGGAAAUUCCUUGUUGACCAUUUCAGCAGAUUUGGAUUGACUGAAGAUGAUGAAGAUGAUAUUAUAAUGGAUGAUGCUGAUACAAUUCAGCGUCCUGGAGAGGCCACAAGCAGUGACAUAUGUGAGGUUGAUGAAGACCUGCAAGAGGGGCCUUCUGGAACUGUUCUGUCCCAUUCCCUCCCUGCUCAUCUUGGGCUUGAUCCUGUCAAGAUGCAAGAAAUGAGAAUGCUGAUGUUCCCUACAGAGGGGGAGGAGAGCGAAGACCUUGAUGGGUCAUUUUCACAUGAGAAGCAGCACCUAAGAAAGGAGUACAUUAGACCUGGUUUACAGUAUUCUGCUCGGAAGGUCAGCUAUAGAACUAGUCCACCCAUUGUGCGGAAGACUCCUCAAGCUUUGCUUGAGUACAAUGUUAAUAGUUCCGACUCAAGCUCACCGGAAACCAUUCUUAUGACAAGGCAAAACAAGGGCUUGCCACUGAGGACAAGAAAAGUACAAGGUUUCAAAUUGGAUCUGAAGUAUGAAACUCCAAUAACUAGAAUGCAUUCUAGUAAUAUUGUUGAUGCGGGAUUGUUCAUGGGAAAGUCAUUUCGAGUUGGCUGGGGUCCUAAUGGUAUCCUUGUUCAUACUGGUACACCUGUUGGUGUCACUGAUUUUGGGAUAGGAUUAUCUUCUGUGAUCAAUGUAGAAAAGGUUGCAAUUAAUAAAGUGGUCAGAGAUGAAAAUGACAGAGUAAAAGAGGAGCUUAUUGAUUCCUGUUUUUCUUCUCCACUUAAUCUCCACAAAUCAAUAAAGCACGAGAAAAUAGAAAUUCAAGCUGGGUCCUUCAAACUAAACCUUCAAAAGCUUGUAUCCAAUCGCUUAGAACUUCCAGAGAUAUGCCGUAGUUACAUAGAAAUUGUUGAGAGGCAACUGGAUGUUUCUGGAUUAUCAGCUUCUGCCCGUGUGGUUUUGAUGCACCAGGUUAUGGUUUGGGAGUUGAUAAAAGUUCUCUUUUCAGCGAGGGAGAUCAAUGCAGAUUCCAAAUCACUGGAUGCUGAUGCUGAUGAAGACAUGAUGCAUGACAAGAAGGAUGGUUCCCCAGACAUUGAGCUGGAAGCCCUUCCCCUUGUUCGGAGAGCAGAGUUCAGCUAUUGGCUGCAAGAGAGUGUUUGCCACCGUGUACAGGAAGAAAUAAGCUGCUUGAAUGAGUCCAGUGAUUUAGAGCACAUAUUUUUGCUCUUGACUGGGCGGCAGCUGGAUUCAGCAGUGGAAUCGUCUGUUUCUAAAGGGGAUGUGCGGCUCGCUUGUCUGUUGGCUCAAGCUGGUGGGUCUACAGUGAAUCGAUCUGAUAUGGCUCGACAGCUUGACCUUUGGAGAAUGAAUGGACUGGAUUUCAACUUCAUUGAAAAGGACAGAGUAAGGUUGUAUGAAUUACUUGCUGGUAAUAUUCAAGGUGCUUUGCAUUCUUCAAAAAUUGAUUGGAAAAGGUAUUUAGGGCUGUUGAUGUGGUAUCAGUUACCACCAGAUACCUCAUUGCCCAUCAUAGUCCGUACAUAUCAGCAGCUACUUGAUGAAGGGCAAGCUCCAUAUCCUGUGCCAGUUUAUAUUGAUGAGGGACCUCUUGAGGAGGCUGUGACUUGGAGCCCAGGGGAUCGUUUUGACUUGGCAUAUUAUCUUAUGCUCCUUCAUUCUACUGAAGAAAGUAAAUUUGAUGCUUUGAAAACCAUGUUUAGUGCCUUCUCAUCAACCUAUGAUGCACUCGAUUACCACAUGAUCUGGCACCAACGUUGUAUAUUGGAAGCUGUUGGUGCAUUUAGUUCAGAUGAGCUUCAUGUGCUUGACAUGAGUUUUGUCUCCCAGUUACUGUGUCUUGGACAAUGCCAUUGGGCCAUCUAUGUUGUCCUACACAUGCCCCACUGUGAUGAUUUACCAUAUCUCCAGGCUUCUGUUAUUAGAGAAAUUUUGUUUCAAUACUGUGAAACUUGGAGUGCACAAGCAAUGCAGCGUCAGUUCAUUGAAGACUUGGGUGUUCCAUUAGCCUGGUUGCAUGAGGCAAGGGCUACAUAUUACCACUAUUAUGGGAAUAUGUCAAAAUCUCUUGAACAUCUUCUUGAAUAUUCCAACUGGCAAAGGGCUCACUCAAUUUUCAUGACUUCUGUUGCUCAUACAUUAUUUUUGUCAGCUAAUCACCCAGAGGUAUGGAGGCUUGCACAUACGAUGGAAGAGUACAAGUCAGAAAUUGCAGAUUGGGACUUGGGUGCUGGAAUCUAUGUGUCUUUCUACUCUCUAAAAGAUGCAUUGCGAGAAGAGAAUACCAUGAGUGAAUUGGAUUGUCUUGAGAGAAAAAAUGAUGCAUGUAGGGAUUUUUUUGGUCGGUUAAAUGAAUCAUUGGCAGUCUGGGGAAGCAAAUUACCAGUUGAUGCAAGGGCGACUUAUUCGCUGAUGGCUGAAGAGAUAUGCAAUUUGCUACUAUCAGACAGCGGGGAGGGCGCAACUCGUGAGGUUCAGUUGAGCUGCUUCGACGCCAUGGUUAGCGCUCCUCUACCAGAAGACCUGCGCUCAUGUCAUUUGCAGGACGCCGUGUCGCUGUUUACCUCCUAUCUUUCAGAAUUAGCUUCAUAGUUUUCUUUUUUUCUCUCGUGUAACAAUUCAAAUCAUAUCUAAUAUAUAUGCGUUCUUUUUAUCCUCGCUGA